CUAUGCUCCUCCCGCCCCUCUUUGCCAUCGCACCUGAUCCCACUUCCGGCGCCGCGGCGGGCCGCGCCGCACAGCUGACGACGCCGUGCAUCGUUUUGCGGGGGCAUGGUGCACCGGCGACGAGCGAUGUGCUGGCGAUCCCGGGACUGCUUCUAAAAGUCCUAACAACGACCUCGAGGUUUACCGUCGUGCUAAAGGAGGAAAGCCGGUCGCGCUUUUAGGUGAUGGCUGGCGACGCGGCGUUGUUCAGAAGAGCACGCUGCUUCCGAAGACACCGCAUCUCCUGAUUGACGAUAUUGUGGUGUCUAACUCUUGGUCGUCAUGGCGGCUACCAUCGCCCGAAUCCCGUCCGAACCGCGAUACGUCGACAGCUUUUUCUACAAGUACGCGCUGUCCGUGGCCGCCGCAUCUGUGGCCGAGACGACGACCUAUCCACUGGACAUCGUGAAGACGCGAUUGCAAGUUCAAGGGGAGCUGACCGCCAAGGGUCAAAUAGUUGACCGACGAGGAUUCUUCAAAACUGCUGCAGGCAUUGUGAGAGAGGAAGGUAUGCUGAAGCUGUGGAAGGGGCUGCCGCCAGCCAUCUACCGGCACCUCAUCUACAGCGGCUGCCGGAUGAACUUCUACGAGAGCAUGAGGGACCGGUUCCUGCGGAACAAGGACGGCACACGCGCGCCCCUCUGGAAAUCUGUCCUCGUGGGGGUGGCGGCGGGUGGCAUGGGCCAAUUCCUGGCCAGCCCAACAGACCUGGUCAAAGUGCAGAUGCAGACAGAGGGUCGUCGUGCUCUCAUGGGACUGCCACCCAGGGUGACAGGCACUUGGCAAGCACUCAAGAAGAUCGCGUCUGAAGGUGGGAUCCGGGGCCUUUGGAGAGGGGCCGCCCCAAACGUCUACCGCGCUGCACUUGUCAACCUUGGCGAUUUGACGACGUACGACACAGGAAAGCGGUUACUCCUGCAGCAUACGAGCCUCAAGGACAACUAUUUCACCCACUCACUCGCCAGUGGGAUGUCCGGCCUGAUAGCAGCAACGCUGGGGACACCUGCUGACGUGAUCCGCACGAGGGUCAUGAACCAGCCAACAGACAACCAGGGAAAGGGCUUGUUGUACGGCUCUCCUCUUGACUGCCUAUUCAAGACCGUGCGGGGCGAGGGAUUCAAGGCGCUCUACAAGGGUUUCUUCCCCAUCUGGGCACGCAUGGCACCGUGGUCUUUCACAUUUUGGGUCACGUACGAGGAGUUCAGGCGUUUCGCCGGCGUCCGCUCAUUUUGAAGAUGGGCCCCGUGCUGACUCCUUCGGACCUACAAUCCCAUGUUCCUGUUUGUCUUUGUUUUGCGUUGUUUUUCAUUCUUAUUGGAAAGAGAUAAGAGCGACGUGUUGCAGCUCUUCAUUGAAAGCUGCCGUUGGCACAAAGUGUGCGCAGUAGUCUACAACCUUACGUUCGUUAAGUCACCCCAUUGUGCACUUACAAGAAUCCAUGCAACCCAUCACAGUCUAUUUAGUUAUCGUUUUUCCCGUAGUGGUUAUUGUUAGUGUUGUUUUGGAUGCGUAUGGAAGUUUGCUGAUGAUGGCUUGGUUGUGGCAGGUGUGGUUUAUACGGCAGCAGGUGUGUUUGCCUCCUAUUGCGAAAGCUCUCUUGCGUCUGUAUAGUCCACCUGUGACGCUAGAGCACUUGGUGGUACAUGUGCACGUGACGUAGCUGUUUACUUGAAGAAAUUGUGACGUUGAGUAUGAUCAAUUUUUGUUGGCCAUUUUCUUACUAUAAUCCUCAGGAAGCAUUCACGGCGUUGCGGCAAUCGAUGAUUGAAAAUGCUUACAAUGUUCUUGCUUUGCUGUGACUGUAAACGGAUGCAGCUGCUGCUGCAGGCUUUUAUUUUUCUACUUGGCGAGAUGCCGACAAGAUGGUUGAGUGGCGUUCAAGUUCUUUAACACGUCUGGCAACAAUGAGAGUUAUGUACUGUUGCGCUGUUUCUUGCCAUAAAUAGGUGGCAGUGUGAUGCUUCAUGUCUGGGAACAUUGAGGAGGGUUUGCUUUGAUGGGCUGGCAGUCGCGACUGAGCUUCGUAACAUUUAUUUUAGGGCACUGUGUCCUUUGUUCCUGUAGUUCUGUGUUUCUUUGAGGCUUGCUCUUUUUUUAUCUUAUAUUGCAUCCUGAUCAAGCUUCCUGUAGUUGUCGAAAGUGUGACUGUACUGAAAUAGUUGCCUCUGGCAUUUUGCAUUGCACACAACACAGCAUUGUAAAAUGUCCCUUCUACUUGAAUAUGAAGAGCUAACUGUCCACUUAGGGAGUACUUUUUAAUGCCAAUAUGUCAAACUUGUCAGACUGGGAAUACAGUCACUAUUAUACAGCGUAUGCACAGAUGAAAAGUAUGGUAAACGCGUUCAAUUCGAAUGAGCAGUGUUCAAAAGUUAGGGAUGUUUUGUACAAUGCAUAUGUUUUUGUGUCAUAUCUUGCAUAUCAAAGUGUUUCUUAGUGUUUACAUUUUUUCAGUGCUCAUAAUUCCCAUAUUGAGAGCGUUUGUUGCUGGAUGAAAUGUCAUUUCAGUACAACUAUUUCGCUCAAAAAAACGUGCCUCUAAUGUUUAAGGCGGCUUGUCUGUGCCAUGUUCUGUGCUGCAAUGAUCGUGUGGGUAGCGUUUCUCUUCUGCUUAUAACUACGAAAAUGUUAUAAGCAGUAUAUGCUAAGCUGAAAGUGCUCGAAGUUGAAUGCCUUACUGUUGAAAGCGUAAGAAUGAAAUCUCUCUCUGCAGCUUGUUUAUGGAAGCAUGAUAGAGGCACUGAAAGUUAGCCUGUACUUUACUUCGCGUAUUCUGGAAUGUUCUUCACUGGAAAUUGAGUCGCUUGUGAGCUAAAAGAGGCUGCUUGUAUAGUCUGGUUAAUAUAGAUUUUUAUGGCACUAGUGUCAUAGAGAAGUAUGGGAAGCUUAAAGGUAUGCAACUAGAAGGAAGUGAAGAGUAUACAUAAUACAUUUUGAUUUGUGCUGCCAUGAAGACUGCAUACUUUCUUGGCGUGUCUUGACAGACCCAAACUUUUUUUUUUUUUUUGUUAGAGAUGAAAGUCACACAGCACUCCAGGAAAGAAAAUGUUUUGUCUUUGUUGGGUAGGCAGGUUUAGUAAUGGAGCUGUUCUUUAGUUCUGUUAACGUGUUUUGAGCUGCGUGCUCGUUUAAGUUGUCGGUAUUUUGCAGCGAUUUACACUUGUUACAACUACAUAGAUACACUACCGAAUGUACGGAAAAAGGUGUUGCUUCAGACAUGUUUUAAUGUUUGGGCUACUGCACGCUGCCGAUCUCAAAGUUGCAUGGUGUAUGUGAGGCGUUUGAUACGAAACCACCCGAGAAUAAAAAAAAAGAAAUGGUUUUUAAUCACAGCGUGUAUUAUGAAUGUUUGUCUGAACCAGCAUGUCUUUCAGGAAAGUUUAUUUCGGUGUUUCUUCGUAGAUGAGGCCGCCCGACGUGUUCCGAGAACAAAUAUCUUGGGUGGCGUUCUUAAGUGCUUAAAGUGCGUUUCAGUGUGGGUUGCAAGCAAUGCUUUAUUUCCAAAAUGUUUUUGUUGUUGCUGUGUUUGGCCAAGUGCAAAGUUUUAUGGCAGUUCCUUCAUUUGGUGCCCGCUGCUCUGAUGGUUAAGGGACCUACCAUUUGACUUGCUUAAAACAUUUCUGAGACUCACAGUGUGAAAAAGUGCAAAAAAAAAUGAUGCAUAGAAAACGUAUGAUGAUAGAAAACGUAUUCUGGUCUUUCUGUUAUGCAGUCGUAUUUUCACAGCUUUUCACGUCGUGAGUCAGAUUCAUGACUUGAAAUAUACAGGAGCACCAACUUCACCGCUGUGCUAUGCGUUCAUUCGGGACAAACUGUGCUACGUGGAUGCAGGGAUCCAGGUCUUUCCUUUGCUAUCUCCCUCCGCUUUGUCCCACACUUAUGCUCAUGCUUACUCUUUUCCUUGCACAUUUACUCUCUCACUUUGUCAAGCGCCAUCUGUCUAGGCACACAGAAAUCAUUUUGUGCAUGCUGUAUGUGCUGGGAGUCGGAGGCACGCUGCUGACGACAAUAUGGACAAGCAAGCAGACGCAGAAAGGUGGCUGAACACAGAGACCCCACCCGUGGCUCUCGUCUGAAUACCAGCAUUUUUCUCCCCGUCUUUUUUUUUAUUGUGCCAUCUGGAAAAGAUUCUGUGAAGCAAGAACCAACAUUGCAGAAUGUGUUCCUUCCCUACAAGCAGAGUCGCUCUUCUUGUUUUAUCUUACUCCAUGGUCAAAACCAACUCGCCCAACUUUCCAUUGUGCUGAUUACUAUGACAUCUCUCCAUGUUUGUAUGCAUGUGCAAGCUGCAAGGCAUGUAAAAAUCAGCAUAGUGUGUAUGUACACUUUACACUUAUUUUGUGAAUAUGUAAAUUUCCUGUGUUUGUGUCACUCUUGUGAGAAGCGUAAGAUUACAGAGGUAUAUAUAUAUAUAUAUAUAUAUACACACAUAAGCCUUGACAAUGCAGUGCCUAGGCAGAAAGUGAAAGUGAGAGCAUUAUCAGAUGGAUGGCAGUGUGUUUCACUUUUGAACGUACUCGUUCGAACAUGGUGACGUAUUACGAGAGAGCCCUUCGAUUGUAGCACUUGCAUUUCCUUUUUGGGACAACCGAGAUUCUGGAAUGCAUGGAUCGAUAAGACUCUCUACAUGACAGGCCAUGUUUUUCUUUUUUUCAACUGACCAACAGUGUCUCCAAGAGUGUUGUCUUUUUGUGAAAAUAAAAAACUGUCAACAAGUUGUGUUAAA